GCGACCGAUGCAGUCUGCUGUGAUCUCUUCCAUCAGUACGCGCGCUGGGCAAGCAGAAGUCGCCAGUCUCGGCUGUAACGGAUAAAACCGUGAAAGGUUCCAGAAGAAGUUCAACACUAUGAUGCCUUUGUUGGACUGUACUGGCAUGUGUCUUGAUUAAAGAAAGUGUGGCAAAAAAUCACCCGGUUUCGGAAAUAACUGCACCAUCGCUAGUCCUUGUUGAAGUACUGUCCCGAGAAGGUGUAUAUGGUGGAGAGAAAGUUGGUGUUGGGGCUGAGACUGCGGGAUAAAUGAGAGGCCCUGCUGCCCUGAGCCUGCACUGCCCAUAGGAGCCCAACAGGGGGAGUCACUGCAGGAGUGUGUGGCUUCGGCCCGUGGUCGCCAUGGCGCUGGUCCAGGCGUUGCCCGUCCCCACUGAUCACGCCAAGUCCAGCCUCGAGGUGGGCCAGUGCCGCUCGGUGUCCCACUCGCCCGCGGUGCCCCCGGCCCCGCCGCCCCCUCCCUCCGCUGGCGCCAUGGGCUCCGUGAGCAGCCUCAUCUCCAGCCGCGGCCCUUCGUCCUCCUCGUCCUCCUCCUCCUACCAGGAGCGCCACUGCCGCACGGCCGCCGCCGACUUCGGCGCCAAGUGCCGCAAGGCGGCGGUGGGCGGCACCAGCUGCUUCCGCGUGCAGGACGGCACCCUGCGCAGCGCCAGCUCCCAGGAGCUGUUGCUGAGCAACCACCAGCAUCACCACCACCACCACCACCAACAGUAUCAGCAGCAUCAGCACCAGCUGCAUCUCAACGCCAAGAAGGCCAACGCGGCGCACACCGUCGCCUCCGCUGUGGUCGCCAACAACGUCACCAACGCCGCCGCCACCAUCGCCGCCGGCAACGGCAACUACGGCUACGUGGGCGACGACCUGCUGGUGGGCGACUGGAACGACAACCUGGUGAGCGCCUCUAGCCCCUGCAGCGACUCGGAGGAGACCCGGGAUGCGCGCGCCCUCAACGGAAACAUCGCCGGACCGCCGCCCAAACUCAUCCCCGUGUCGGGCAAACUGGAGAAGAGCAUGGAGAAAAUCCUUAUCCGACCCACUGCCUUCAAACCAGUCAUUCCCAAGAACCGCAACUCGGUGCAGUACCUGUCCCCGCGCCCAGGGGGCAGUCUGUCGGAGAGCCAGGGCAGCCUGAACCUUCUCCUGCCCGUGGCGGGCAUCAGCAGCAGCGGCAGCAGCAGCAGCAGCGGCAGCGGCAUGGGCAGCAACGUGGGCGUCUCCUCGCUGGCCUGCUCGGGCUCCGUGUCGUCCUCGUCCUCGUCCUCGGACAAGCGCAACUCGUACAGCGGCGGGCGGCACGGCGGGCGCGCCAGCCAGUCGGGCACCAUGUCCGACUCGGGCCGCAACUCGCUCUCCAGCCUGCCCACGUACAGCGGCAGCAGCGGCGGCGGCAGCAUCAGCGCCAGCUACAGCCUGCCACCGGGCGGCGACGGCGCCCCGACGCUCCUCGAGCCCUCGUCCCGCUUGGCGACCACCGGCGGCGGUGGCACGGGCGGCGGCGGAGGCAACUCGAACGGCGUCAUGCACGGGCACUCCAACUCGGACAGCGGGCGCUCGUCGUCCAGCAAGAGCACGGGCUCGCUGAGCGGCCGAGGGCAGCCGCUGUCGGACAGCGGCUCGUGUGAGCGCUCGCCCGCGCCCGCCGACGGCUACGAGGGCGUGAUCCGCGACCUGGAGGAGAAGCUGAGGGAGCGCGAGCAGGAGCUGCAGCAGCUACGCGACAACCUGGACGAGAACGAGGCCGCCAUCUGCCAGGUCUACGAGGAGAAGCAGAAGCGCUGCGAGCAGGAGAUGGAGGAGCUGCGUGUGAGCUGCGCGGCCAAGAUGAAGCAGGCGCAGCAGAAGGCCCAGCGCGGCCAGCAGGUGCUGCAGCUGCAGGUCUACCAGCUGCAGCAGGAGAAGAAGAAGCUGCAGGAGGACUUCGCCCAGCUGCUGCAGGAGCGCGAGCACCUCGAGAAGCGCUGCGCCUCCAUCGAGCGCGAGCAGACGCAGCUGGGGCCGCGCCUGGAGGAGACCAAGUGGGAGGUGUGCCAGAAGUCAGGUGAGAUCUCCCUGCUGAAGCAGCAGCUGAAGGACGUCCAGGCGGAGCUGACCGCCAAGGCGGGCGAGCUGGUGUCGCUGCGGGCCCAGCUGCGGGAGGCGCGGGGCGAGCUGCAGGCCAGCCAGGCGCGCUCACAGGAGGCGCACGCCGCCGCCCGCACGCGCUCCCUGGAGCUGGAGGUGUGCGAGAACGAGCUGCAGCGCCGCAAGAGCGAGGCCGAGCUGCUGCGCCAGAAGCUGGGCCGCGUCGAGGAGGAGUCGGCCAGGCUCCGCGACGCGCUGGCCGCGCCGGCCUCCGCCGCCGUUGGCGCCGCGCACCACCAGGGCCAGUACGGCGCCACGCUCCACCACCACCCGCACCACAACAGCGGCCACCACCCGCACCACAACAACAACAACAACCCCCACCACCACCACGCCGCCAAGGCGCAGCAGUGCAUGAGCCUGCCGCUGCCCCACAGCCGCGCCGCCUCCGCCCACGGCAGCCCCGCCCUGCUGCGCGAGUGCGCCGGCUCCGAGGACCAGCUGCUGGCCGCCUACGAGAGCGACGAGGCCAAGGUGCAGCGCCAGCAGAGCCAGGGCCUGUGUCAGGGUCAAGGUCAGGGUCAAGGUCAAGGUCAGGGCCAAGGUCACGGGGAGGCGGCGCAGGUGCAGGGCCUGCGGCAGCAGGUGGACCGGCUGAAGGCGGAGCUGAUGCUGGAGCGGCGGCGCGGCGAGGACCAGACGGAGGCGUUCGAGACGGAGCGGCGCGUCUGGCAGGAGGAGAAGGACAAGGUCAUCCGCUACCAGAAGCAGCUGCAGCAGAACUACAUCCAGAUGUACCGGCGCAACCGCGAGCUGGAGCGCGUCAUGCGCCAGCUCAGCCUGGAGCUGGAGAGCCGCGACCUGGAGGAGUUCGAGAUGCGCAGCGGCAGCAGCGUCGGCGGCAACCCGGGCGAGAUCCACUUCGAGGAGAUCACUGCCACGGAGAUCUAAAGACCCCCCCCCCCUCCGCCCCCCCAGCCCUUAUACGCACACACUUUCCCUCUCCCACAUCCCCUUCAGACAGAUCUCCUGAAAUCCUCCCGAUCCCACUGAAGACAGUCAUAUCGCGCACAGCACCCCCCCCCCCUCCCCCAGGGCCCCCCCUCAAGCUGUCUCUCCUCUGAGAGUCAGUGAUGAAGGACACAGAUUCGCUGAGUCAUUGUUCCUUGCAGGGAUGACAUCACUGUUUCUAUUCCUGUCCACUGUGUCACAUGGUAGCCAAGGAGCAUGU